AUACAUAAAAGGGAGGUAUAUGUCCCAUGUAUGGAUGACGAUUACAAACACACAGAACCUCAACUGCCGAUCCUAAAGAAGCGCCAAGGGUCCAGAAGACCGGCCACCAGGAGGGUAGUGCCGGCGGCGUCCAGCACUCUGCACGUCCAUCUCCAUGCUGCUGCUUCUUCCCCAACAAACUCCACUCCCCUGGAGGCUCACGGCAGCUGCAUGGAGCCCCUGAUGGUCUCUGAAAAAUCAUGGAGACGAGCUUGUCAGCAUCAGGCCCGUCAGUGCAUGGCUAUGGAGUUUCAGAUCGAACAAUUCAUAUUUCAGUUCCUGGGCUUGCAAAUCUCAGCCCCAGAAGGUCAUCUUCAGAGCUACAGCUUGGAUCCGUACGUGGUCCUUACUCACUCCUAUGGACUCGAGGGAGCCUUUGGUUACUGGGUGCAACCAAAGGGAGAUGGUAGCUCAGGUUAUAUUCAACCGGUUUGUAUGGCGCUCGCAUAACAGGAUAGGAGUCUAGGGAGCUUAUCCUUCAUAUUACUGUAUCGGUUGCCUUUGUCAGCAUGUAAUUUUCCUUUUUUACUUUGCUCUCGUUUGCGAGCUGCAAGACUAUUAUGACGAUACUUCACGGAUUUUUAAUAAAAUGGCUGCAAUGCAUCAUCAUGAUGCAGAGGCC